AUGACAACGCUGUCAACUUGUGCACAGGAUGGGAAUGGAAGCUUGAAUCCGAUGUCAUUUACGGAUCAGCAUGGGAAUGUCAUAUUGGAACGUUUACGUUAUCAACGUGACACGGGACGUUUUUGUGAUGUAUACAUUGUCGUCAAGGAUCGUCAUUUUUGCGCACAUCGAAAUAUCCUUGCGGCGUGCAGUCCAUAUUUUGACUCUAUAUUGAGGAAUUCGAAAGUUGUGAAAGAACAGGUGACCGUGAACUGUCAGAAUCCUGCAGUUUUUGAACUAUUGCUCAAUUAUAUGUAUAGUGGAAGUGUUGUCAUUGAUCGCAGUAGUGUAACUGACCUGCUGAAGCUCGCUAAUAAUUUUCUGAUAACGCGAGUAAAGAAUUAUUGUGCGGAGUAUUUGGACCGUUACAUGGACUCAGCAAAUUGUUUAUCGGUAAAGGAACUUGCACUGAAAUAUAAUUUGCCGACUCUCCUGAAAAGUGCAUGCGAUUUCUUCGAUGUUAACAUCAACAGAUGCUUACUGGAAAGCACGGAUAUUGUCGAAUUCUCUUUGGCUCAGUUGAAUGCGUUACUCUCUGAACCAAAAUAUGCCAAUUCUAUAUCUCCUGAUAUCCAUCUGAAAUUAAUAGUUCAUUGGAUUGGACAUAAUCCAACGCAGCGUGAUUCUCUUUUCAAGGAGAUGUUAUCUGCAUGUUCGUUUGCAUCGGUGCAAUCCGCUACUUUAGAAUAUUUGCUGGACUAUUCGUCUUUCCUUAUCAACUCUCAAGCAGCACGAUAUACACUAAUGCAAAUGAUGUGCGAACAUUCAAUGCCAAUGGCAAAAUACCAGGCACAAUAUCGAACUCUUACUGCUCAAUUUGGCAACGAAAGAACGAUUUUUUACAAUGAUGCCCACCUGACAUAUGGGAGUAGUUCACAGCCCCAAUCACAGUCGCGUGGUAUCUCACAAGGAGAGACUGGUUUCGCGAUGAACGUAAAAUCGGAGGGUGGAAGUUCGCAGAGUGGAGGAAUUGGUGAUGAAACUCAUGAAACCGAUACCAACAAAGUGCAGGCACAAUCAGAUUUUAAUGAAGAAACUGGACAACCUCCUGUAAUCGGUGCUUCAACAACUGAAGAAGUGCUAAAUCCUGCAGGGACAGGUGAUGGUUCUCGUCCAUCUUUAAAGCUGAAAAUUCACUUAAAUGCGAUGAAUAUUUUGAAUCGAAAAAAUCGUCUUUUAGCUGCUGCCGGUCGUCACAAAUUAUACCGAAAAUCAAUAACUGCAGCAAAUCAAGUAUUGGCAAAACGGCGAGGUAGACCACCAAAGAAUAAAAGUUUUGUCCGGACUGAAGCUUUAAAAGUAGAUGAGACACAAGUAGCUGAAGAAUUAUAUCCAGACUGUGGAAUUGAUCUUAAUGAACAGGUUAUAUUUGAUGAAGCGGAUGAAGUUGAUCCGUGUUCACAGCCGGAUGAAUCCGAUAAUGAAACAAAUGGCGAAACGAACGGCGCAGUUGUUGAGAAACUGUUCAAAUGUGACCAUUGUGCAUACAAAAGUUCAACUGCGGUUCUCAUUAAGCAUCAUAUUGUACGAGCACAUACUCGAAACAUCGCCUAUGUUUGUUCUCUUUGCGUUUAUGAAUGCCGUUGGAAUCGUGAUUACUAUGAACAUAUGAAGACACAUUUCUCGGGUCCACCUUUCCAGUGCGAUAUAUGUCAGUAUGGCAGUGAUUCCAUUCAAAGUUUACUUUCGCAUCGCUUAACACACUCUGAUGAACGACCAUUCAAAUGUACAUUAUGUGAUUACAAAAGCCGCUCAAGAAAUCAUCUUAUUAGCCAUAUUCGCAAUCACACUGUUGAUAAGCCUUUUCAUUGCUCCGAAUGUGGUCGUGCAUUUGCAAUGAAAAGUACCCUAGAUCAGCAUGUCGCUGCGCAUUCCGAAAAUAGACCUUACCAAUGUCUUCAUUGCGAUUUCUCGACAAAAUAUCAAAGUCACCUGAUUUCUCAUCGCCGUAUUCAUUCGGGUGAUGUUUUUCACUGUCACUAUGAAGAGUGUACCUAUUCGUCACCCAAGAAAAGUCAGCUUGCUGCACAUUUAAGAACGCAUUUAGCGGUCAGAGCACAUCACUGUAAGACAUGUAAUCGUUCUUUUAUCGAGAAAUCACAUUUGGUACGACACGAAAGGAUACAUUUGGAGGAUAAACCUUUUAAAUGCGAUAAUUGUGAUUAUUCAUCUUCGAGGCGAGAUAAGUUGAAAGAACAUAUUCAGAAACAUCAUAGCAAUUCGAACAAUGGUAAACAACAUAGGCGAAGAUAUCGGCGCGCAAAGCAGUUGGCGCAGCUUGCUGCACAGGCGAAGCAAACACAACCAAAUAUGGACAACAUGUUUCGACCAAUUCCUUCCUCAGAGCUAGUUGUUAAUUCACCGAAUAGCAUGAACAGACCUGUUGCCACCAGUGUAUUACCUCAACAAAAUAUCUCCGAAUUUGCACUAUCUGAUAUAUCUCGACCUCGAAAUGAGCAUCGUCAAUCACAAGCAGCAGGACAUAUGGAAGCAACGCAACAAACACAUCCACAUUCGUUAAUGGAUUUUUCAUCUCUUAAUACUACAAAUCCUCUGAACAUUGGACGACCGUCUUCAGCAACGGUGCCCGCAACUACGGCGAUGUCUGUCUCUCCAGCAAUGAGCCUUAAUUUUCAUAUAGGUGCUAUUAUGGAUUCUCCAAUUGAAUCGCUACGAACACCCGUGCCACGUAGUCCACACAGUGUUAGUAUACAUUCGGAUUUCUUUGAUAGUUCUUCACCUGCUGUUGGCCAAGAUGCGCAACGUCCUAUGAGUUUGCCACCAUAUAGCGGUGGGGGGAGUUCAGCAACUAAUAAUCAGGUUGGUCCAUCCUGGCCGUGGUGA